GCAAAACCUAAUAAGAUCAGCUAAGCAGGCCACGGGCUGGCAGUUAGAUUAUACGAGUCAUGGUUUAAGCACCAAAGAAAAAUAUGAUUAAAAUACUUACAAUUAUUGUGCUUUUCGCCGCGGGGCUCCAAUGUAAAGGAAUACCGGACGAAGACUCGGCUCCGAUAUCCCCAGAAGAACGAACAGCUGGAGAAUCCGAUAUUUCUCCAGAACAACGCACAGUUGAUAAAUCCGAUACUUCUCCAGAAGAUAGAUCACUUGAUAAAUCCGAUGAUGCAGCAAGCGACGCAGCCAAUUCAAGAAGUACACAAGAAAAUUCUAGAGAAGGGACAGUAGAAGAAAAAGAAGCUAAGUCUAAGUCUGACACAUCGGAAGCGACUGAAGAACGUAGCGCUGCAGAAUCGGGAAGCUCGGAAAGGCACGAACGAUCCACCGAUGAAACCAGCAAGGAAGGUAAGAAGGAAGAAACCAGGUCAGCAGACGUUAAUGAUGGAAAAGCUGCCAGCAGAGCAUCCAAUCCAGAAAAAUCUCCAGAAUCUAGUAGAACAGGCGUUCCUUGUGGUAAGUGUGCAGGGACUUUAAGGAAUUCUAAAGGAAAUAGUGACUCAAGCCAAACAAGAUCAGGUGAACAGGAUAAUGCAUCGCCAGCAGAGUUAAAAUCAGGAAUCAUCAAAUCUGACACUGCUGAACGAGAUGAUGCAUCACAUAUAAACAUUAAAGAAUCAAGACGAGCUCCAGAAGAAGGUAACAUAGAAACGCCCAGUCUGCGAAGUGCAAGCGAAGAUAAUUCUAAAACCGGAUCUGGAGAAAACAAGAACUCUAAAAUAGCACCAGUUGAAUCGAAAGGCGCUAGUGAAGACUCUCAAUUAAGAACUGGAAACCCGGAAGAGAAUGUACCAACUUCCGAGGAUGCUGAACAAGACGCUAGAUCAGAUUUAUUAUCAGACGUCGGUGUUGAAUCGCUGGUGAGAUCUGAUAUUGAGGCUUUAACUGACAUUUCUCCAGUAAAGAGUCUCAGAAUUUUCCAUCAAAAAUCUCCUCUUCGAGAUGGCACACCUGAUUUGCACGAAGCAGCAGCAGAAACUAGAAUGGCUCCAAAAGAAGACUCGCCACUGUCAGGGCUGCAGGUUAAUUCUUUCGGUAACAGCGAGACCGGCCAGUCCGAAUAUCCGUAUUCGCCUUUAGAACAUUCAAACCCCGAUAUUUCUAGCAUGUUACCAUCAUUUUCUAAUAUAAAUUCAAGAAAUUCUCCAACUGGGAAGUCAUUUACUUCACCGCAAAAUUCGCUUCCACCGUUUGAUGCAAAUAAAACAUAUAAGUUACUGCCACCUCUAUCAUCGCCGGAAGGGAAUAGAGGGGCUCUGCCACCGCUGCCACCGCUGCCACCUCUGCAACCAAUGGAACCCUUUAAGCCACUGCCUCCGCUGCGCCCUCUAGAGUGGAAUAGACCAUUCGAAUCACGACUAUUACCACCGCUGGAACCAAUGAGAUUUCUUCCACCGCUAGAACACUUCGGAAUGUUUAAACCGCUACCUCCACUUCGACCUCUUGUAAGAAAUAGACCAUUCGAACCAUUGCCGCCACUGCCACCUCUCGAACCGAUUGGACCGUUUAAACCACUGCCUCCUCUUCGGCCGUUAGAGCGUUUCGGACAAAUCGACUCAUUGUCACCGCAAGAUCAGAUAAAUUUAUUCAAGAUACUGCAGCGCCUUCAACAACUGCCUCUGCAGCCUAUUCAAUCAAAGCCGCCUUCGUUUAAUCCUUCGCCAACCAUGUUUUCAGUGUUACGGGAAGCUCCUGAAGGCUCUGAAGGGUUUUCUAGAACUUGGCACCACGCCGUAGCGACGCCUACCACAGCUAUGAGUUUUUCGAGAACGGUCGAAUACCAGUAGACUUUCAUAAAGUUAA